AUGGCUUUCAAAACUCAGCCAAAGAAGGAAAUGUUGCUCACUGAGAUCAAAGUAAUGAAGCAGUUUCGUCAUCCGAAUGUCGUCAACUACAUAGAGUCGUAUCUUGUCGAUGCUGAUGAUCUGUGGGUAGUCAUGGACUAUUUGGAAGGAGGAAACCUGACAGAUGUUGUGGUGAAAACAGAAUUAGAUGAAGGACAGAUUGCAGCUGUUCUCAAAGAGUGUGUCAAGGCCCUUCACUUUUUGCACAGUCAUUCAAUUGUGCAUCGUGACAUCAAAAGUGACAAUGUACUGUUAGGAAUGGAUGGGCAAGUGAAAUUGACUGACAUGGGAUUCUGUGCCCAGAUUCAGCCUGGAUCAAAAAGGUAUCAUGAACAUGUCGUUUUUUUUUGCUCAUAUGGUUGCUUUCCUUGUGACUUCUAA